AUGGAGGCCUUCAAGAAUCGAAACCCUUUCAAGCGGUCGAACACUGGUGACGUCGCUCAGGUCAAAGACUACGGCGUUAGUGGGAAUGUCAGUGAGAAAGAAUUACCUGCCUACGAUCAGGGUGAGAUUGAGCGACGAGGAUCUACAGCCUCAUACAACAUCUCUGGUGUACACGAUGACACGCAUCGAAAACUCAAGCCACGACACAUUCAGCUCAUUGGUAUCGGUGGCACUAUCGGCACAGCGCUUUAUGUGCAGAUCGGGCGAGGCCUUAUGAAUGGAGGACCUGGCAGCUUGUUCAUUGCCUUUACUUUUUGGUGCUCCGUCGUUCUAGCGGUAACUAUGUGCAUGGCCGAAAUGGUCACAUACUUACCGAUCUCUUCGCCAUUCAUCCGUUUCGCCGGACGCUACGUUGACGAGGCCUUCGGAUUCGCUGCUGGCUGGAACUUCUUCGUCUUCGAGGCCAUCCUGGUACCUUUCGAGAUCACAGCUUGCAACGUCAUCAUACACUACUGGUCAAACGCCUUGCCUACUGGAGCUGUUGUAGCCAUUGUCAUCGUUCUUUACGGUGCCAUCAACCUGGUCAACGUCAAGUGGUAUGGUGAAGUCGAAUUCUGGGCAGCGCUCGGCAAAGUGCUUCUCAUCAUUGGCCUUAUCUUCUUCACAUUCGUGGUCAUGCUUGGCGGUAAUCCACUUGGCGAUCGAUUUGGCUUCCGAUACUGGAACAACCCUGGCUCGUUUAAGCCUCUUUACUACGAUGGCAACCUGGGCUACUUCCUUGGCUUUCUUCAAUGCUUGAUCCAGGCAUCCUUCGCUAUCGCUGGUCCAGACUAUGUCAGCAUGUCUGCAGGAGAAGCAGAGAACCCACGUGUGGUCAUGCCAAAGGCUUUCAACGCUGUGUUCUAUCGCCUUACUGCCUUUUUCGUCCUCGGCGCCCUCUGUGUUGGUAUCCUGGUUCCAUACAACGAUCCAGAGAUGAUGGCUGCAUUCACCAAUGACGAGCCAGGUGCAGCGGCGUCUCCUUACGUCGUAGCCAUGAACCGGUUGAGGAUCGGCGUUCUGCCACACAUCGUCAACGCGCUGGUCUUGGCAUCUGCUUUCUCUGCAGGCAACUCGUACAUGUACUGUGCGUCGCGUUCGCUGUUCGGUAUGGCACUGGAGGGGAAAGCACCAAAGCUCUUCACCAAGACGAACAAGAUUGGCGUACCAUACAACUGUGUCAUCGCUGUAUUGGCGAUCUGCCUGCUCGCUUUCCUGCAGGUCAGCGCUGGAUCGGCCAAGGUACUGGGCUGGUUCGUGAACUUGAUCACAGCGUCGCAGCUGAUCAACUUCGCGAUCAUGUGCUUCACGUUCCUGAUGUGGUACAAGGCACUGAAGGCGCAAGGCAUCUCUCGGGACUCCUUGCCGUACAAAUCUAUCGGACAGCCAUACAUUGCAUACUACGGUCUUGCAUGGACUGCCGUUAUGUCUAUCGUCGGUGGCUACACCGUCUUCCUGCCUGGUUUCUGGGAGCCAUCGACGUUUGUAUUCAGCUACUUCAUGGUCGGACUAACGCCUGUGCUCUUCGUUGCGUGGAAGCUAAUUCACAAGACCAAGUGGAAGCCUUUCGCUCCUGAGACGAUUGACCUCAAGGGCGAGGUCAACGAAAUUGAAGAGUACACCCGCAACUUUGUGCAGCAACCAUACAAGAAUGUUGGCGACAAAGUUUUCAACAAGAUGUUCGGUGGCUAG